AUGACUGUGCAUGCAAUGAGAUUUGUCAUAUCUAGCGUGUAAAAAAAUGAAGGGAAAAAUCAUCCAAUGUCAUUCCUACGUCAAUGAAUGAAUGUGGGCGUGAGACAGAAUAUCCCCUCCUUCACCAAAUGGGGUGCACCAUUCCACUCUACUUCAUCUCUCCGUCGCUGUAAAAUCUUUAGUGCUGGAAGUUUUGGGCAAUGUCUGAUUUGUAGCAUUUUCUUAAAAAUGUCCUGCAAACUAUUUAAGAUCUGCAUACUCAAAUGGUUUUACUAAAUAUAGAAUGGGACUUACGUUGAACGGCAAAUAUAUUUCACUGAUUCUCGCAGUACAACUAGCCUACCUGCUACAGACAGUGAAAGCAGCUGGGAAAUGUGAUACGGUGUUUAAAGGGUUCUCAGACUGUUUGCUCAGACUGGGAGAGAAUAUGGCAAACUACCCACAGGAGUUGGACGAUAAAGAGAAACUACAGACAAUCUGCACAUAUUGGGAUGAGUUCCACGUCUGUGCUACCACUGCGCUUGCAGAUUGCCAAGAAGGAGCAACGGAUCUUUGGGAAAAACUGAAAAAGGAGUCAAAAAAACUCCAAUUUCGGGGUAGUUUGUUUGAACUGUGUGGAGGGGGCACCGGAGCAGCCAAAUCUACUCAUCGUCACUGCUUCGCCAUUAUUCUUAUAGCACUCUCUGUUCUAGUGACAUGGCUCGCUUUCUAAAAAAAAAAAUAUAUAUAUAUAUACAUAUUAAUUAAUAACGACAGAAAUCGUCUAGCGAUCGAAAUCACCGAAUCAACACCAUAAUGGAUUUAUAUGCUAAACUUCCACCAUCGUGAGGGACGUGGUUGAUUUGUGACAUUGAAAACCUCAUGUGUUGGAAACGUUUGAUCUUCUCCUUCUUGUGAUUUGUUUUAUUUGCCAAAUUUGUUACCAAACAAAGCCCUGAGCAGCAGCCAAAAAAAAGGGAGUCAGCUUUACUCCGUCGCUUCUACGAUAAACCAACGUGCUACUCCUUAAAAUAAACUCAGGAAAAGCUUGGCCAUUAAAACAAAGUGGGACAUUCACAAGAAAAAGAAGUGUUAAAAGAAAACGAGAAAAAGAAAACGACGAAGGGAAAACUGAGAGAAUUGAGGAUUCCGGAGAAUUGCUGCUACUGAUCUGUUUCAAGCUCCACUGUGUUUCCCAUCAUUAUGAUAGGAAAGGUCUCCACAUUAAAAUGUAUAUGUCAUCAUUCAGAAGGAGUGAACACAUUUGAGCUUUAUUUGAUGUUUGUCAAGGCAUUUGACCACGUUUCACUGCCUUUAGUUUUAACUGUGUAUUCUGUUUGUUUGUUCGUUUGUUUGUUUCUGGGGAUGUUGCAUAUAAUACCUGAAGAGUAUUCAAAAUUAUAGACUACAA